AUGAAGUUCAAGAAGGCGCCGAUGAAUGAGUUUGAGAUGACUGAUUUGGGAAAUAUGGUAUAUUCCAGGGUAAAGAUUUUGUACUCGGUGAUGGGUAUCAUAUUGCAUCAACUGAAGUAUGAGUUUGAACUUCUAAAGAUAUUCGAGCUGACAAAUUACAAGACUGCAAUCACACCUGCUAAAAUAAAUUACAAGUUGGAUUCUGAUGUUGAGGGUGAUAAUGUAGAUGCUACAACUUUUAAGCAGUUGGUUGGCUCAUUGAGAUAUCUCUGUAGCACCAGACCUGACAUAUGUUAUGCAGUUGGAAUGGUAAGUAGGUUUAUAAACAAACCAAAGUGGUCACAUUACCAAGUUGUUGUUAGGAUUUUGAGGUAUAUUAAAGAGACUCUGAAGUAUGGAGUGUUAUUUCCUUCUGGUGUUAAGUAUGAAUCAGAACUGAUGUGCUAUUCAGAUUCUAAUUGGUGUGGAGACAGAGUUGACAGAAGAAGUACUUCUGGAUAUUUUUUCAAGUAUUUGGGAGGUCCUAUCUCUUGGUUCUCCAAGAAGAAACUAUUGGUUGCAUUGUCAUUAUGUGAAGAUGGGUACAUUGCAGGUGCUUUGUCUGCAUGUCAAGCUAUUGGCUUAUGA